AUGAGGAGUUACGAAAUCGACUUUGAAAAAAAGAUAAAUGAAGUUAGGAACUAGCAAACAUAGAUGGUAAUCCCACCAAAGAUACAAUACCUUUAGACACAAUUCCAUCCAAUUUAUGAUGAUAUUUUAGUAAGCCUUACAGAAACUGACUGGAAUUUAAACGAUCACUGCUAUUCUGAGGUUUUAAUAGCUGAUCAGGGAAAAAUGGUUCCCAAGGAAAAAUUUUAUUUAGGAGAAGUAGUUAUGCCAGAUAUUCCUCUAAGAAAAGAUUUAGGUACUUAAAAGAAAUAAGGGUAUAUUGCUGACUAUUUUCUUAAAGGAUAGGAUGUUGAGAAUUUUCAACCUUGCAAAUUGUACGAUUUUUCCAUAUCUAUGUGGAGGAUCAUGACUCAACAUCAACCAACAUGCUUAAAGGAGUAUAGAUUCAAUGGUAUGCCAUAUUAACGACAAUUUUACUUUUCGCACGAUGGCAAAGUCAUAUUCUUUCUACUGAUUUAUAACGCUAAUGAUGUUAAAACUGUAAAAUGGUUAGUCUCAUUAGAUUCAACUACUUUAAGGGAAACUAGUGAUCUGCUGCCUAUAAGUUAAUUUUACGGUAUUUACUUCAGAGAAGAGGAAGAUGGUUUUUACCAUUUGCUUUUCUUACAUGAUAAAGCUAUUUAGAUGAGAAAGCUAAAAAUAGGUGGAAAUAUCUAGGAGUUCAUGAUAGAAUUUAAAGAUAGAGCUGAUACGACAGCGAAGUUUAGAACGAGCAGCAUAGAUGCCUGUAUCAACAAAGAUUUCACAAUAUUAGCCACUAAAGAUGAUGCAAUUACCUUAUAUAAAGGAUCUAAAUAGCCAGAUGGGAACUAUAAAUGGGAAAAAUAUGAUUCGAUGAAUGAAAGCGUGUUUAUUAUGCCUUUCAAUACCUUCCUAAAGCAACAAAUUUAUUGCUAAAUUUACUCUGGCUUGAUUGCAUUUUAGAACAUAAAAGAAAAAUUCGAGUUUAAAUGCAUCACAGGAAAAUCAGUCCACCACAAAAAUGUAAAGAAUAUGGAUUAAAUGGUGUAAGAAGAUGGGAGUGUUCUUGUAUGUGGAAACUUUGAAGAUGACAAUUAAACGGAUUUCAUUGGAAUAGAGAAGCUAAUUGAUGGAAAAUUUUACAAUUGCGGAACUUUUAGUACUGGUGGUGGGUAUAAACCAGCUUAUCCUUUAGUCUACUAUUAAAGAAACAAAGAAAUGCUAAUUUUCAACAUGUGUAACCCUUAAAUAAUUCACAAAUUUGAUUUAAAAGAAGGGUACUUGACCAGAACUGAUGAUGGAUUUCAAACUAAAUCACUUAUUGCAGAUAUUUUCAAGAACAACUCCUACAAAUUCUAGAUAAAGGGUUUUAAAAGUAUCAACUAGAAUUAAGCAGACAAAACUCUUCUCAUAUAGAGAGUUAUAAAUCUAAAAGAAAAAAUGAUAAUAGAAACAGAAAGAAAGAUAUUUUUUAUCUCUGAUUAAGUCAAAGUGAUAGAAGAACCUAAUUUUGUUAAUAUACCUGCUGUUUAUGUGGAGAAUGUGAAGAACUAUACUAACGAAUUUGCAGCUUAUAUUACCAAAGAUGAUGGAAAAUAUUAAAUUUUCGUUGUCAAUAAAUAAGAAAAACUUAUGUUUGAAAUGAAACUAAGUCAGGACCCGAUAUUUUUUGGAUUUCACAAUAACAAGUUCUAUUUAAUGGAAGACGGAUAGAAUGUUCAUUAAUUAGGAUUUAACCAUUAAAAUACGUUAGAAUUAAUCACAACUCUGGCAAUUUAAGGAAAACCUCCCAAUCAUUUAAUAACUAAGGAUAAAUAUAGAUAUGGUUAAAUCUCAGAAAAGUUCUUCUACAUUUACGGCUAAGCCAAUGUCCUUCUGGAUAAAAAUUCCUCAGUUUACUCAUCUAAAACUUUCUCACAAAUUUCCUUAACAGGAAAUUUUUUAGAAUUUCACAGCAAUAUGCAUGCUUAAAAACAAGAAUAAGCAAAUAGGCUCUUUUAUUUUGGAGGUAAAUCAAGUUAGGGCAUCAAUAUUGUGCAAGAAUUCUCAUAGAAAGUAUUGAAAGAAAAUGAAGAUUUCUAGUAGAAAUAGCUUAAGGCUAAAUACUAAGAAGACAUAGUCUUAAAUGGUGGAUGGCUGAUUGAACAAAGGAAUAUUUAUAUGCAAGCAUCACAAAUGGACCCAAAAACUUUCGCAUUUUAUUCGAUAAAUUUGCCUGACUCUAAUUAUGAAAGAUUCAUUUGCUAUGAUGAUCUAUCUCGUGAUAAGAGGGAAUCCUCAUUGGCAAAAUUUGCUUCUUUUUACGUAGAUAGUGAUGACACUAUACUUUUUCAAAACAAUGACAGCUAUAUAUUCAUAAGGCCAAACCGAUCAUAUUACAUCGCCAAAUUUAUUCAAUAAGAUGGGAAAGUACUUGAUGAAACUUAGGUAAAGGCAUUCGAAUUCAUUUAUCAAAUUUCCGAAGAUUAGAAAAUGUUCCUUUUUAAACAAUCAAAAAUGAGCUUUUCACUCUAUAAACUCAUACAAUCAACUGAUGGAAAGUAUUUCUUUGAGUUUAUUAGAGAGAUUGAUUUUGGAGUUUCGGAUCUUAAGUUAUAUGGAGAUUACUUGUAUCAUAACGGAUAAUGUUAUCUUUCAAAUAGUGGAGAAUUUCUUUAUGGAAACUCAUCAGUAGAAAAUUACUUCUAGAUAAUGCUAACUGUUCAUGGCAAAGAUUAAGAAAUUCUUAAUGGCCAUAUUUAGAAGUUUUCAAAUAUCUAUAGGUAAUUAUAAGAGCUUAUGAUGACCUUCAGAGAGAAAAUUUACAUUGAAUUAAUGAAAUACGUCAUAGAAUUUUUAGAUAAUGACAUCGAUCACUUAAAAGAAAAUCAAAUGAUAGACGAGAUUAAAAAAACAGCUGUUUAGGAAUAAACAUAUUCUAGAGUGGUUGAUGAAGAGUUUAAAACGAUCCAUAAAUUAUUCAACUAAGAAAUACUUUUAACUCCAGAUUCUGAUAAAAUAAAAGUUUAUAUGGAGUUCUUGGCCAAAAAUUUAUGUAAAUAGUGGCAAGAUGGGGUAUUUUAGUUCCUUGAAUUCAGUAUGCUUAAUAUGCCAUUCAAAGAAUUCUACAAGUUUGCGGAAAAAAAAUACAGAAACUUCAAAAGCAGUUUAUACACUGAUAAAGGCAUAGCAAAAAUAUUCAUUGUUGGAUCUUAUAUCAUCUUGGAAUAUAAUGGAUAGAUUGAGUAUUACAACUAUUAGUAAAAAAAUAUGAAAUUUAGCUAGAUGCGCAUUUAACUUACUUCUGAACAUAAAUUGAUUACAAUCCUAAACACAGCUUUAGAAAACGUUUACUUAUUUUAUAUUGCAUCUUCAAGACGCAAUUACUAAAUAACUAUCUUACUGCAUUGGGAUUUAACAAAAAAUAAAGAAUAUUCUAGUCAUGAAUUCAAAACUGAACUAUGGAACACUCCAAAUCCUCAGAGUAUGAUAAGAAAAUCAUUUAGUCAGAAACUUAAUUACUUUUACUUCCAAGGAAGUAUUUAUGACUUACAAUUUCAAUUCCCGCUUAGAUUCCAUUCUAAUAUACAGACUCCUAAAAGAUAUUUGCGGCAUUACAAAAGUCAAUUUAGAAUCUUUAACGAAAUUUCUAUGGAUAAGAGUAUGUAUCUAUCCUGGGCCACUUGUUACAACUAAUAUUCCCUCUAUGAUUUGAUAUACUUCUAGAAAUUGAAUGAGGUUUAAAUGAUUGACUGGGAUGUUUACAAAAUUGAGCCAUCUGCUUUAUAUGCCAGAAUUAAUACUAACACAAUCUUCCAUCAAUAUAUAUUAGAUUUUAAGGCUCUUGAUGUGAUCAUUAAAGUAAUUGAAUAAUCCUAGGAUUAAAUUCCAUAGAUAAUAGAAAUUCUUAAUCAUAUAUUUUAUCCAAAUAAAUACGGCAAAAGUGCUUUUGAUAUUGCUAUUGAUAAUUUUAGAAUUAGGAAUAUUGAAUUAAUACUGUAAACAAUGAAUUAAUAUCCAUAGUUUAAACUUACUCAUGCUAUUAGAAAGCACUUCAAUAUCUUGCUUAAUAUGGGUAUAGUUUAAUUCAAUACGUUUUUGGAAGGAUGCACAUUUAAGAAUUAUAUGCUAGAGGAUGUAAGAUAGCUCUAAUGGUAAAGCAAUGAUGAGGAAUAAUACUUGGGAUAUCACACAAGUUUUAUUACUGAUAGUUUCUUAGAGGCUUAUGAUUUUAUACAAAAAUUAGAUGCAAAGGAAAAAAUAAAGAUUGAUCAUGAUUUCUACAAUAAAAUGUCUAAGGUAAUUCUAGAUUAAGCCCACCUAGAUCCUACUGGUAAAGAAGAAUUGAAAACAUUUAUCUCAAAAGAUGCAGUAAAAAACCUAUCCACAUCUUAGGAAAACUUUAAAGGGGUUAACUUCUCAAUAGUAGAUUUUGAUGAAAUUUUUCUGCAAGGAGAAUUUUCAAAAUAGUUUAUCAAAUCACUAAUUGAUUCUAAUUAAGAUAACUUUUUUGGAAUAUACACAAUCAAAGUCCUUCUACUCUUUUUAUGGGAGAAAUUCUUCUACAAGAUCCGGAAUCGUAUUUUCUUUCCUUAUGUUUUAUACAUGAGUAUAUUUUUGCUAUAUGCUACUGAUAUUUACGAUCGACAUAUGAAUGAUGACUCUCAAACUAUGACUAUAAUCUACUGGAUUAUUAUAGCAGCACUUUUCAGUUUCUUGGCAUUUUUCUUUUUUAUAGAGAUCCUUUAAGUGUUCAAUUAUAAAGGUUCAUAUUUUCUAUCAUAUUGGAAUAUCUUGGAUCUCAUUUCAAUUUCAUUGAAUAUUGCAUUUAUCUUACUUGACCUUAGUAAUGUUGAAUCCACUAAAGUUAGGCCCUUGGUAUCUGUAGCAGUAUUUUUGAUGUGGAUAAAGCUUUUCUAUUUUAUGAGACUUUUCUAACCAACUGCAUCUUUUAUUAGAAUGAUUGUUCAAAUAUUCCUCGAUAUGUCUACUUUCCUGCUCUUCUUGGUGAUAGCACUUGUUGGUUUUGGAAAUACAUUCUAUAUUCUAGCAGUUAAUUUAGUAGAGUCAAACAAAACAGAAGAAGAAACACCAGAGCUCUUUACUGGAAACUUUGGAUUAGCAAUGAUUUAUGCUUAUAGGGCAGGCCUUGGGGAUUUUGCUACAGAUCAAUAUGCAAGCAGCAAAGAAGAAUGGCUCCUCUGGAUUUUCUUUCUCCUAAUUACAAUUCUCAUUUAGAUAGUUAUGCUUAAUCUUCUCAUUGCAAUAAUGGGUGAUACUUUUGAUAAAGUAAUAGAAUUAGGGGAACAAUCAAUGCUAAAGGAAGUUGCCUAAAUGAUUUAUGAAAAUGAAUUUUUGAUAAACAGAUCUAAAGAAUUUGCUGAUAUAAAAUAUAUUGUUGUAGCUAAAAUUGAUCAAGCUGGAGAAUAAGGAGUAUUUAACUGGGGCGGUAAGCUUGAAAAUCUUAAAGUUUCCUUCUAAAAGAUGAUAGAUGAUUAGAACAAAGUCAUUAGCAAAAAACUAGAAUAAGCUCAGUCCAAUAACACUGAAGGGAGAACAGAUGUGUAAUCUUAACUAAGGUAACUCCAACAUUAGAUGGCUGAUAUUAAGCUUUUGUUAAGUGAAAAGGUUGUUCCAAAACUAGCAAAGCUACCAGUAUGA